AACUAGUCUAUUAUUAUUACACACACUCUCAUACUUAUCUUCUCUUUACGUUUCUCAUUUCUCUCCUCUCUUUGGAAAAUAAAGAUUAUUUGAUUAAAAGAAAAAGGAGGAUGACAGAUCAAAAUCCAAGAAUCAUCGUCGAGAAGAAACCAUCUCAAGCUCGUCUCGACGAACUAAAGUUCAAGUCAUGGCCCAAGUGGGGAUGCUCACCAGGGAAAUACCAUUUGAUAUAUGAAGCAGAAGAGAUAUGUUACAUUUUGAGGGGUAGAGUUAAGGUUUACCCUAAACCACCACCAUCAUCUUCAUCAUCAGCAUCGUCAUCAUCAGUUGCAGAAGUUGAAUGGUGUGUGGAGUUUGCGGCAGGUGAUAUUGUCACUUUUCCGAAGGGACUUUCGUGUACUUGGGAUGUAUCUCAAUCUGUUGACAAACACUACAUUUUUCUCCACCAUUAAUUCUUCUUCUUAAUUAGUUGUUUUUUGUUUUUGUUUUUUUCAUUUUUCUUUUGUGAUUCUUUAUUUUUUUGUAUUUCUAACAUUUUGAUUCGUAAUUGUUGUUGUAUUCGGUGUUCUUUCUGUCGUUUAUUUCUAAUAAGAAAUAUACAUAUGUAUGUGUGCAUUAGCAA